AUAUGUCCCUCGGCAACAUUCAUCCUAAAAUUUCCUAUAUAAAGGCAAGGAGAAGCUACCUUGCUUUGCAUUCAUUUGCGUAUGCUCCAUCAGAAUUAAAAAGCAGCAAAGGUAGAGAUAUAUAGAGAGGAUAUGCCUUGCCUUUACAUCUCCACUAACCUCAACUUAGACGAGGUUGACACCGAUCCCCUCUUCUCUCAAGCCACCAAGGCCGUCGCCUCCAUUAUCGGAAGACCUGAACACUUCGUGAUGGUGAUACUGAAGGGAUCAUUGGCAAUAAGGUUUAACGGGAACAAGGAGCCAGCGGCGUACGCUGAGAUAGUCUCAAUGGGCGGCAUUAAUAGAGAGGUGAAGAGAAGGUUGAUUGCCACAUUGGGCACCAUUUUAGAGAACACCUUGUCUAUUCCCACAACUCGUUUUGUUCUCAAAGUCUAUGAUAUAAAUGCAAACCGCUCUAAACUAUAAUAUAUAUACCCUUUACAUUAGUUACUUAAAUUAAGUACUACACUUACGCCUAUCUCUAGUGCGGAAUCAUUUUUCUUUUUACUUUUGUUAUUACAUUUAGUGCUCAAUUUGUCAAAUAUAAACCAAUCAUGUGACAUUAAUGCGAGAAUUUUUCUGUAUCAUCAAUUUCAUUUCUCUUCUAUAAUAA